AUGGGCAAAUUCUACCAGUGCACCUACCCUUUUGGUGACUGUAAAGAGAUUAGCAUCCAAAGACCAAGAGACGCGUUCAAUAUGUCCCUUGGUUUGUCUUUGGUUGCCCAGAAUGAUCAAGUCCUGGUGUGUGGCCCCACUGUGCACCGGGCCUGUGGGAAAAAUAUGUACAUAAAUGGAUAUUGUUUUCUGUUGGACCAAAAUCUGCAGGAAAAGGAACACUUUCCAGAAUCAUUGCCAGAAUGCACCCCUCAUACAACUGACAUUGUCUUCCUGAUUGAUGGCUCUAGCAGCAUCCAGAAAAAAGAUUUUGAAACAAUGAAGAAAUUUGUUUCUGAGGUCAUCGAGAAUCUCUCUGGCAGAGAUACACAGUUUGCUCUCAUGCAGUUUUCAGGGAACUUCAAGGAACAUUUUAAUUUCAACAGUCAAGACCCCGCACGCCUUGUAAUGGAAGUGAAGCAGUUGCACGGAUGGACCAAAACAGCCACAGCCAUCCGCAAAGUUGUGAGGGAACUGUUUAUCCCAGAAAAAGGAUCCCGGAACGGGGCUGCAAAGAUCCUUAUUGUGAUAACCGAUGGAAGCAAGAAGAAUGACCCUGCUCAGUAUUGGCAGGUGAUACCAGAGGCUGAGCAAGCUGGGAUCAUCCGUUAUGCUAUUGGGGUUGGCAGUGCGUUUUCAACCACCAAAGUCCAACAGGAACUGAAAGACAUUGCUUCUGAGCCAGAUGAUGAACAUGUUUUCAAAGUAAAUAAUUUUAACGCUUUGAAAAGCAUCCAGGACCAGUUACAGAACAAAAUCUUUGCCAUUGAAGGCACCCAGUUCCAGAGUAGCAGUUCCUUCCAGAUGGAAAUGUCCCAGGAAGGGUUAAGUGCCCUGCUGAUCCCGAAAGGUCCUGUCCUUGGAGCUGUGGGAGCCUACGACUGGUCUGGAGGGGUGAUUCUGUAUCAAACCAGCAACCGAGACCCACAAUUUAUUAAUAUCUCCAGCAACUUCAAAGAUAUGAAUAAUUCAUAUCUUGGCUAUUCUUCUCAGUCUGUCCAGUUCAAUGGGAGGAAUGGUCUGGUAGUGGGAGCCCCUCGCUAUGAUCACAUUGGCAAAGUUGUUUACUUUGAGAAUGAAGCCCUGAGUAGGGAAUGGCAGCUGAAGAUGGAGGUAGUAGGAGAACAGGUUGGUUCUUACUUUGGAGCAACUCUAUGCUCGGUGGACCUCAAUCAAGACUCAAUCACAGAUUUGGUUCUGGUUGGAGCUCCCAUGUACUAUGAUGCCAUUGCAGGAGGAAGGGUUCACAUCUGCCUUUUUAAGAACGAAGCAUUUUCUUGUACAGAUGGCAACACAGCUUUGAAAGGACAACCAGGACAUAUGUUUGGUCGCUUUGGGGCCAGCAUUGCAGAAGUGGGUGACAUCACUGGGGAUAAAUGGACGGAUGUAGCUAUUGGCGCUCCCUUGGAGAAUGAGAAUACGGGAGCUGUGUAUAUAUUUUCAGGGGAAAGGGCAUCGAUCAAGCCCUCUUAUGUUCAGCGCAUUGAGGGACAAAAGUUUUCUGGAGGGUUCUUUUAUUUUGGCCAAGCUAUCAGUGGAGGAACAGAUCUUACGGGGGAUGGACUGAAGGACAUCAUUGUGGGACAACAAGGAAGAGUUUUUCUGAUGAGGUCUCGUCCUGUUCUGCAAGUGAAGGUCUCCAUCAUGUUCCACCCACCUUCCAUCCCCGCCUCAGUCUUUCAGUGGAACAGGCCAACAUCUCAGGAGUAUGUGACUAGCAUGGCCGAAGUGUGCUUCACUGUUUCGAAAACCACUCAGGAUGACCUAGAUGAAAUCUAUAGUGAGCUUUGGUACAGCCUGACCCUGGAUUCUCACAGAACAAAUGCUCGAGCCUCUUUCAAUUCCAAGUCCCCCAUCCUGCAAGCAAGUGUUUCAACUGGACUUGAGAGGAAGUGCCAGAACCACUUAAUUGAACUCCCCGUUGGCACUGAGGAUACCGUGACACCCAUCACCUUAGGGCUGAAUUACAACCUCACAGGGAAAUCCAUCACUAAAGUCCCAGAUCUCCUGCCCAUUCUGAGCAAACACUCAAAGCGAAACUACACAGCCGAGCUCCCCUUUGAGAAGAACUGUGGCAGUGACGGGAAAUGUGAAGACAUUUUGCAAACCUCGUUUAAUUUCUCAGGCCUGGAAACUUUAGAUGUGGGUUUGACUUCUGAGUUCAGCAUAACAGCCUCCCUUCAGAAUCACGGGGAGGACUCCUACCACAGCACCCUAUGCUUCUUCUACCCUGCAGGGCUGUCCUAUCGCAAAGUCACAUUGCUGCAACAGGCCAGCAGAAAGGUGACACGGGUCCAGUGCCGCUCAGCCCCUGCCUCAGAAGAAGAGGCUAGCCAAAAUGCCACCUGCAGUGUCAACCACCCUAUUUUCUGGAGUGGAGCAGAGGCUAUUUUUGUUGCCACAUUUGAUGUCUCCCCCAAUGUUGAUCUAGGGGACACACUGCAGAUCAUGAUUAAAGCUGACAGUGAAAAUGGGGGCACCACCAUCAAGGACACCCGUUAUGAAGCCACCUUGCCUGUCAGAUACGCUGUGUACCUCCUUAUCAACAUGGUUGAUGAGUCUACCAAGUAUGUGAACUUCACCGCAGGCCAAGAAGAAGCACGCAAGAGUGUUGAACACCGAUAUGAGGUGAAGAAUCUUCGUAAACGAAACAUCCCUUUCAUGGUGACAUUUCAGAUCCCAGUAGAACUGAAAGGGAUCCCUGUUUGGAACAUGUUUCAAGUCAUUCCUUCUGAGCCUGAAGUGGCCAAGUGUGACUUGGAGAGAGAAACUCCAGGCUCCAAGGAUCUUCUGGCAGAGGAGGCAAAUCCCCAGCUGGACUGCUCCGUUGCCUCUUGCAAAAUAAUCCGCUGUGACAUUUUGUCACUGAAGAUACAAGAAAACCCACUGGAGUUCAGGAUCAAAGGAGACAUCAAUUUCCACUGGACAUCUCAGAUCCAGCAGAAGAAAAUUAUUUUGGUGAGCUCUGCACAGAUUUCUUAUGACACGAAAAAAUACACUCAGGAGGAGGGCUUGUCACAAAUUCAGAUGCAAACAAUAGUGGAGCGGAUCGAGAUCUACAACAGCCUCCCGGUGAUCAUGGGCAGCUCUUUUGGGGGCUUAAUCCUUCUAGUUCUGAUAGCUGCAGCCUUGUAUAAGGUUGGGUUCUUCAAACGUCAAUACAAGCAGAUGCUGGAGGAGGCCGGAGCUGAGAAUGAGGCUGUUGGUCCAUCCUCACAAAAUUUAGAGUCAUCUCCUCCUAACAAAGACAUUGUCUCCUAAUAAUCCUGCCAGGUCUUUUCAGAUGUUCUGGAGCUCUGUUCUGAGAACCUAAGAAAAGGUGUGCCAGAUUAGUCCAUCAACCAAUAUAUUACAGUGCCCCCAAGAUGCUUCAGAAAAGCCCAGAAGACAGAAUUAAAGCAGAAUCCAUCAUUUCUUCUUGCUCAUAGUAACUGAUAUUUACUCUCUGCCUCUAAACACAAGAUAUCUGCUGAUUGAUAGACCCUGCCUACAUGUAUAUUUCAUAUCCCUUUUAAAAUUCAUCUAAGCUGAUGGCUCUCUUUCUGAGAUAUUCUGAUAUCUUUCCUUGACUGGAAAGAUCCAGCUUUUGACAUCCAUGCUGAGAAGUAGUAACACCUUGUUUUGAGCAUGCUGGUUGAAAUCACUUUCUUUCUUGAAUGGAGAACAUACAUGCCUCUUCCUCUCAUUUGGCCUUGAGAGGCAAGAAAUCAUGGAAAAGAUGGUUGGUCUUCUUCUCCUGAUGAAACCCUGCCAGUUUAAGGUUCUUCCUCGUGACUGCAGUUGAUCAGCUGGCGGAAAAAACGGCUAGUAUAAUUUGAAAUGUGCUGACAGCCAUGAAAACUGCCUCAUCAGUAAUGAAGCUUGAGAUGGAUCCUGUCCACACAGAUUUACUUUAGGACAAUUCAAGGAUAGCGGUUGGUAGAUUCCCUAGGCUUUGUUUCCCCUCCCACCCAGGGCCAACCGCCAGGGGGAGAAACCUCCAUCAGUCACUCUCCUUAAAGUGUGGUAGAUGGCUUGGCUGAGUGUGGGUGGUGCCUGGAAAGAAGGGCCAGUGCGUUGAGCUAUUGUCCAACAGAGGUUUACCAUUCUUCUAAAAGGCUGGCAAGCAGGUUCUGCUAGAAGGGGGAACUGGCAGAACUCUUAUCAAUUUCAUUCCAGUUCUCAAACAUCCCAAAUGGCUAAGAGUUGCUACAAGGAAUGACAGUGCCCACAGCUGGUGGAUACACUUGGUAAUGCCUGAAAGUAGAUAGUGGGGUACACAAAAUGUUGUUACAGUAGGGAAAGUGGUCCUGUCUCUCUCCCAAAGUACUAAAAACAAUAGAAAACACAUGCAGAACCUCUUGCUGAAACAAUCAGCAGAAAACCUUUAAUAAACUCAUU